CCACCGCUCGUUUGCCCUGUAUGUGUGUUGUUGAACUGGGUGAGGUUCUACUUGCGAACGAAGCGGAUGAGUAAAUCAUUUAAAUGUCUCAAAUAUCUUUCUUGCUAGCCAACUAGCUUCCUAUGACGGAAGUUAAACUAGCGAGACAACACGAGACCCCCUAGCUACUCAAGUGGCGGCUCGUGUGGAAAUGUGCAGUAUGCGUUUGUAGUUUGACAUUAGCUAGCUAUAGUAGCGUUGGUCAUUCAUUCAGUCGCUAGCGGUGGGAUGGUUUUCUUUUGUGUUAGCUAUAUAUUGCUAGCGACUCUGUUUGCUAUGGCUAGCUAGCGUCUGCAUUUGACAGCAGUGACCGCUCGAGAGACAUCAUGCGAUUCCGCCAGGAUACGAUCGGCACCUGUUUUCUAGCUAUCAAGACAAGAUGCUCGCUUGUCCAAGGGAAGUAGCCACAUUUGAUUUAAAACCAUAGUUGGUAUUCGGGAAUAAGGCGGAAACUGAUCUUGAGAAUUGGCUACUGUAAACCGUCAUUGACUAUCUAUCCUCGGCGAAACCGGUUUGGUAGCUAACUAGCUGGCUAAAGUGAUUGCUAGUAUAGCUACAUUUGGAUGCAUACGGAAAAUGGCAUCAACAAAGGCAAAGGUUGGGAUAACUAAUGAAAGCAACUCCAUUCGUGAGAGUGCCAAGACCUGCGCGAGCAGUCCCAUGUUAUUGGCCGGAGCAGCAUCGUUAACGUUGAACAACAGGACAUACUCACUCGAUGACCUGGACACCAUUUCCACAGUUGGCACAGGGACCUUUGGCAGGGUGUUCCUGGUGAAAGACAAGAAGAGCAGGGCGUUCUACGCUCUGAAGGCGAUGAAGAUCCCAGACGUGAUCCGGCUGAAGCAGGAGCAGCACGUCCACAACGAGAAGGAAGUCCUGACCGAAGUCAACCACCCCUUCCUCAUCAGACUGUUCUGGACCCACCAUGACGAUCGUUUACUCUACAUGCUGAUGGACUACGUUCCAGGCGGGGAGCUGUUCAGUUACCUCCGUAGCCGCGGGCGCUUCAGCAACACCACGGGCCUCUUCUACUCCACGGAGAUCGUGUGUGCCAUCGAGUACCUCCACUCCAAAGAGAUCGUCUACCGAGACCUGAAGCCGGAGAAUAUACUGCUGGACAGCGAGGGACACAUCCGCCUCACGGACUUCGGCUUCGCUAAGAAGCUCUCGGACAGGACGUGGACUCUGUGUGGAACCCCAGAGUACCUGGCCCCAGAGGUCAUCCAGAGCAAAGGUCAUGGCCGGGCGGUGGACUGGUGGGCCCUGGGGAUCCUCGUCUUUGAGAUGCUGGCUGGGUACCCACCGUUUUUUGACGACAAUCCCUUUGGUAUUUAUCAGAAGAUUCUCGCCGGGAAGCUGGAAUUCCCGCGGCAUCUGGAUUUUUAUGUAAAAGAUCUCAUCAAGAAGUUUCUCGUCAUUGACCGAGCCAGGAGGUUAGGCAAUAUGAAGAACGGAGCAGACGAUGUGAAAAAGCACAGAUGGUUCAAGUCUAUAGACUGGGAUGGUGUUCCUCUGAGAAAACUGAAGCCACCCAUAGUUCCCAAGGUGUCCCACGAAGGUGACACGUCUAACUUUGAUGCCUACCCCGAGGACGAGUGGAAGAAAGAUGCACCUGUGCCUGCAAAGGACUUGGAAAUCUUCAAGGACUUCUAGAAAGGCGGAAGUAACGACAGACAUACUUCGAAAACAUUUAGGUCUUGUAGCGAGAGACUCAGGAACUUUUAGACCUUGGAGAAGGUGAGUCAAACUUCUAGAUGUUGAAAAAAUACCGACUUCUGGAUCUUGCUGAAUAACAGAAGGACUGGUAAAUCAUCUGAGAUGUCACCAUUGUAUGGUCAGCAAGAGAACUUCCAAGCGUCCAAGUCCCAGAACUUUAUCUUGCUUGAAGACAUUGAAGUGUUCCACAGAAUUGACCUAAAAAUAACUAAAAGAGCCAUCAUAUCGCCACAAUAUUCAUCUAGCAUUCAUUUCCUUUCGUUUGAAAAAGUUUUUUUUUCCACUUAACUAACACCUCAGUCCUCAGUUUCUUUGUUUCUCUGAGCCUUCUCCUGUUAUGCAAAAAAAAAAGAAAAAAAAAAAGAUGGUCCUCUUUGAACCAAAGGGCAUUGUUACUGAAAUGAAUAUGUUUAAAAUGCAAUAUUCAGGAUUUUUUUAUGUAUUUUGUUGGGCCAAAAAGGUUCCAGUUUUCUUUGUUGGAACUUGUAGGACUCAACCAACCGAGCAAAGCUUAUGAUCCAAAAAUGAUCACGCAUACAGUAGACUCAGUAUUGAGCUGUACAGUAAAUGGAAUUUACAUGUGUAGUUACUACAUCCAUACUUAGUAGAUUGUACUUGACAUUUGUCAAUGAGAAAGUAUGAAACUUGUAGAGGAACGUACUACAAUAUCAUGCCAAGCAAGCUUUGUAAUAUCAUUUUAUUGACUGGCCGCUAGUCAAAUAGGCUGUUAAACUUGUCAUUUUGAGCUGUAAGUACUUGGCUAUCUAUCGGCCGGAUAUCCAUGCAUGUGUGCAUCAAGGCCAGACCAGAAAGCUCUUGUAAAAGGUGCCUUACUUACUUCAGGAGCUUGGAUGUGACAUACUGUAUGCCUUCGUCUUUUCUCCUGACAAGCUAGUGGUACUUUUUCAACUUUUAUUUAUAGAACACACACUGUUUAUACUUGAGCUGUGCUGUUGAAAACGUUGACUGUUAAUCAUAAUAUAUGUGGAGUAAUUGUUGUGUGGAAGAAGUGUAGCUAGCUACUAUAUGUGGAAUCUGGUUCCUCCCCGUCUUUUUCUUCCGUCCACCUCGUCCUAUUUUGCUGUUCACACAGUAACAAAAAAUGACCCUGUGUAUUGACUGGUGUCUAUCUUUGUCUCUAGGUCUCUUUCAUUUACUUUAAAGAACUGUAGAAUACAGAUCUCCAGCUGGUUUCAUGUAUAGCCAAGCAGGAAGUAGUCUCAGUAAGAUGCUUGGCCAUCUGCUUCAGGCAUCCAAUAAACUCUUGUCUUCUCUCCACCAAUCAUAUCACUGGCUAGUAGAAAGCACAUCAUGAGGCAAUCACAAACUGUCUCUCGAAAAAACGUACUUAGUAACAAACAGUAAGUCAUUUGUGUCCCUUUUAGUCAACUUAAAUUAUUUGAUUUGAACAAUUUGAUUGCGUGUAUGUCAUGUUUUAUGUAUAUCUCUUAACCAAUCAUGGAACAAAACUCAGUGUGAGUUUAUUCGGUCCGUUUGUAUAGCUUUUUUUACGUAUUUGUUUUAAUUAUUUUAUUUUUAGUGUGAAGUGUGUUUCUAGGGAAUUUGCUUUACAAUCCUCAGCCUUUUGCCAUUUUUUUUAAAGAUGUUUAUGUAUUAGCAAAAAGAAAACAAAUAUGAAAGAAAAAAAUACUGUACUUUUAGGUCAAUACAAGCAUAUAUUUUAUACCCAAUACCAUUUUACCAAUGCCUUUUGUCAGUGUAUAGAUUUUUUAAAUUAUUAUUUAACAGCCUACCUUACAUGGCCUUUUCAUAUGGUUAAUGUCGCAGUAUUGUAUUUAACUUCUUCAGAUACUGUUUAAAAGAUCCACACAACCAGGAUUAUAAACACCUCCUAUCCACUGACUCAACAACUGAUUCUCUUUCCUCUCUGAAGUGUGGUUAUAAUAUAUUGUAAUGUAUAAAUAGUGUAAGUAAUUUGGUAAUUGCUAUACUUUGCUUUCUGAUAGGCUAGGUGGAAUUGUCUCCAUAUUGCUUACAUCUAUGUAAUCAUUUCAGACAUGCCAGAGUACUUGGGGUGGUAGGAGCCAGGGUUAGAUUUGUAAUUCAGCGUAGGAUGUGAUUUUCUAUUUCCACAUUGGUUUUGUAUUUAAUCUAGACAAUAUGUAAGUGAUGUGACUGACUGUUGUCUGGUUGGCCAAAUGCUAUUACAGUAUCAAAACCUUUAAUCUUCUCUAUGGUUCAAUAGCUCUUAGCUGGCCUUAGAAGUGUUAGCUACCACUAUUUCAAGUCAUCAGACAAAUGAACUUUCGGAGUGUUACCGUCGGUUGGUAAUUUGUCUACAAGUUCACCGGCCUAGUCUGUAUCUACCCAACAUUGAAAUUGAGUUGUGUGUGCAUGAACACUUAAAACCGCACAUCAGUCAGCGA